GCGUGUUUUUACAUGAGUAGAAUGUGUCCUUUUAUUUAUAAUGCAUCUCUGGGUUAUUUGUGGGGCAUAGGAAUUCGUUCAUUCCCUCCCGCAAAAUAUAGUCUGGCCUCCCACAAGGUCUGAGGGACAGUGGACCAGCCCCCUGCUGAAAAAGUUUGCUGACCCCUGGUUUACAGAAUGGGGAAAAAAACUUCUUCUUUUUUUCAUUCUGAGGGCCACCUUCCAAGGCCCUUAUGGGCAGGAAGGCCAAGGGGACAGAGCAAUGAAUACAGAUUUCCCCUUUGCGCAGUGGACUAAUUUCAUCACACACUGACAGAACCCUCUCAAUCCUCCGUCCAGCGAAGCAAGAGGACAAAUCCUGGCCAGGCAAAACCACUCAAGGCAAAGCAAGGCCCAUGAGGGGUGUGGCCUGGAGAGAGUUCCAAGGGCCAUAUAGCAAAGCUUGGAGGGCCACAUGCAACCCCCCUGAGAUUCCCACUUCUUGUUUAGGUGAACUGAAUCAGUAAUCAGAGUAGUAGUCCUAUUCACACUUAUUUGGGAAUAAACACAAACUGAACCCAGUGAGACUUGCCUCUGUGUAAACAGGUACAAGAUUGGCCUGGAGAAAAUCUCACCAUUCUUUUUUCAAAACACUUUACGGCAGAAGCACUAUGCCCCAUUCACAGGCACAGUAAUCAUGCAGCAAACAUAUAACACUAUUCUCUCUCUCAUUUCUGAAUUCACUCGAUAUUUUGGUGUUAUUUUGACAGUCCUUUUGAGCUGGAAAUGCAUUUGUUCCAGCAGACUGGAUUCAUCUGAUCAUUUUAAAAUAGCCAGUCGUUUCAAGCUAGGAAUUGGUCCGAAAUGAAUAGAAUCAAAUAAAUUUGUGGGCCUAUUUCUGGAUUAUAAACAAGAGCCACCUUGACUGUGCCCCAUGAAAUAAAAUUAUUCAAGUCUCGGAUAAAAAAUGAAGACAGAUUCGUCACCCUAGAGUAUGCUGUCAGCAUCCUUGCGGCUAAUUGACGGACAAACGUAGGCAACCAUUUCCUAAAACAAAAUUGUUUAAGAUUGCAACAUCUGCCAAGGUGAAGAGUGAAGCAACUAUCUCCAGGCCAAAACAUAACUCUCUCUUUUUCCAUGCCCUCUCCUCCUGCUGAUUGGGUAAUAUUCUUAACUGAGUCAGAACGCAGCUUAUUUUAUGAAGCCCCAAAAGUGCUAUAUAAGCAGGGACGGAUAGUAAACAGGAGCAAAGACUGAGGUUUGGAAACGGAAACGUGCGUAAAGGAGCAACUGGAUUCAGAAUGAAAACCAUCUGCUUUAUGCUGCUGUGCCUGGCCGUGGCAUAUGCAGCGCCAGUCAGUUCACAAGGAAGAGAAGAAGAAAACUUGCAGUUCGUUCAGGUAAUGGUGGUUAGGUGAUGGGUAGAAACAGUGCUUUUUCUGGGGGACGCAGGGGUACGCAUACCCCUAAACAUUUUGUGAAUCUUUGUACUUUUGUCCAUUUACUGUAUUUAUUUUCCCCGAUCUGAACUAUAAAAUGGUGAUUUUCUUGAGUCAAAAUGAGAGUACCCCUAAACAUUUUUUUUUUAGGGAAAAAAAGCACUGGAUAGAAAUCAUUUGUCCAUGAAUAGCAAGGAGGCUCGAAUGAAAAGUGAUUGCUGGUUUUGCAGCUUAUUGGUUUGGUCUGCAUUAUUUUGAGAAAGGUGGGCCUCCCCAGAAUCCUAUGCAUUGUGCACUCUGUUGGUCUUUUACGGUGGUCUUUAACAAAAUGUUAUUCAGAGCAAACCCACUGAAAUUAAUGAACAUGGCCCCAUUAAUUUUAAUAUGUCUACUGUAAGUAAAACUUUGUUGUUUAUUGUUUAGCGUUAUGGAUUUACUUUACAAUUAACAACAAACUUUAUUAUGGUCGCAGACCAGCAUAAGAUACUUUAGAAUCUAGACUGCAGAAUUAUAAGGGAUUUUCUGCAUUCGUGAUUUCUUUUUAGGUAUACUGGAACUGAGAAUUUUACCUGAUCUCACUGUAUAGAAUAGCUAUGUUGCAAAAAUGAAAUUGACCUUGCUUGCAGUAAAGUCAGGGAAUGGCAGGUGGCUUAAGUGGUGGUGAGCUUGGAACAAAUAUAUGCAUGUAGAUAAUUCAAAGGCUGUUUUAACAAUCUGUGUGGUUGAGCCGGGAAGAAAAUAGCAUGUAAAACCUAGCAAUGGAUAUAUAUGUCAGUUUCAGAUUUCUCUCAGUGCAUUUUUUUCUUUCAUUUUUUUCCAGUCUUAAAUUCCCCUUCUCCACAUUUUUGCAACAAUUGAUGACAUUUAAACAAAAAAAAAAAAAUCAUCAAAAUUUAACAUUUCAGUGUGAAUUUCACAUACUACGGUACAGUCAAGCCUUGGUUGUUGAACGUAAUCCGUUCGACUUCCGAAAUGUUUGAUAACCGAGGAUCAAAGGGCAGUUGGCAAUGGAGAAAAAAGAAAGAAAACUCCCCGGAUGCCAUUCAGCUUCUGAAAAUCAUUCGAAAACCAGAGCAGUUACUUCUGGGUUUUCGGUAUUUGGGAGUCAAAACGUUCCAAAACAGAAGUUUUUGGGAGCCAAGGUUUGACUGUAUACACAUCUUUGUAUGCAGUUUUGAACAAUAUGCACAUCAAUCAAUUAGCAGCCAAUAUUAGAAAGCCACCUGGCAUCAUGUAUGGAACAUCAGUUUUAUAUCUGCAGAAGCUGUUUGUUCCUAGCAUUUCUUGAAAUGGUUUUUAUUGUUUCUGUGUUUCAUUCUGUGUAUCUUGUACACCACACCAGUGGCUUUAUGCUAUGAAGCAGACUAUACAUUUGUUAAUUAAAAAUAAAUAAAUGUGCACAUUUCUCUUUCUUUAUCAGAAGUACUUGGAAAAAUAUUACAACUUCACAUCAGAUGGGCAGCCAGUUUUUAAACAGAAAGCCAACAGCCCUUUUGUUAAAAAAAUCAAAGAAAUGCAAAAAUUCAUGGGGCUCCAGGUGACGGGCAACCUGGAUUCUAAUACGCUGGAGGCGAUUCAGAAACCCAGGUGUGGAAACCCAGAUGUUGGGGAUUUUGGCUUCUUUCCGGGACAGCCCAAAUGGGAGAAGAAAGACCUGACCUACAGGUAAUCGUUCAGCAUCAGGUCUUAAGGGUGAAAUCCACACAUUUUAUAGUGAUUAACCACAGCCUGAAAUGAUAGCCCGCUUCUGUUUUGAUUUGUGCUGCCUUCUUUUUUUAAAGGAUUGUGAACCAUACGCCAGAUAUGGAUUCAAGCGAUGUGUACGAAGAGAUUGCGAAAGCGUUUAAAGUGUGGAGCCGGGUUACACCCUUGACAUUCAAACGUGUUUCAGCCGGCGAUGCAGAUAUUAUGAUCAGUUUUGCCGAAAGAGGUAAAAAAAGGGAGCGGGAACAGGUUGAACCAUUAAAUAUAUUAAGGGCAACCUAGAAACGCUGGACGCAUAUGACAUCAAUAAUAAUAAUAAAAAUUUAUACUCUGCCAAUCUGGGUGGCUUCCAACAGAAUAUUAAAAACACGACAGAACAUCAAACGUUAAAAACUUCCCUAAACAGGACUGUCUUCAGAUGUCUUCUGAAAGUCAGAUAGUUGGCCAUUCCACAGGGCGGGCGCCACUACUGAGAAGGCCCUCUGCCUGGUUCCCUGCAACCUCACUUCUCGCAGUGAGGGAACAGCCAGAAGGCCCUCGGAGCUGGACCUCAGUGUCCAGGCUGAACGAUGGGGGUGGAGACGCUCCUUCAGGUAUACUGGGCUGAGAACGUAUAGAAAGGAAGCUGCCGUAUACUGAGUCUGACCAUUGGUCCAUCUAGCUCAGUGCUGUCUACACUAACUGGCAGCCGCUCUCCAGGGUUUCAGGAGUUUUCCCCAGCCCUACUGGGAGUUGUCACAGAUCGAUUCUGGGAGCUUCUGCAUGCAAACCAGCUGCUCUAUGGCUGAGCUAUGGCCCUUCCUCCUAAACCAAUUGCUAACAGUACUUCUGGACAACUUGUGAUGCCCAAACUGAAGAAUCUUUCAGUGUAGCUUUUCUAGCAAUUGGACAUCAAGUACAACACCUUGUUUUUGCAGUGCUGGGGGGCAGGGAGAAGGCUGGGAAAACUGGAGAUGCCUGGUGCUCCAUGAUGCAUUAGUGUUAUAUGAUAUCUGGUUUCAUGGGUUACAUGUCGGUUUCUUUAUGUAUAAUUUUUAUUAAAUUUUCUGUUUUACAAUUUAGAGUAUUCAUUUAAACAACCUAAAAAUAUCAAUGACUUCCCUUCUUCUCUUUCCGUGGUUCAUUUUAAAUAGCAUAAAUCCCUGCAUAUUUUAUAUAAACGAAAUCAUUCAGUAUUCCGUUAUUACAUCCAUCAAAACUUAUUUACACUAUUGAAUUUACCUUAAUGCUGCCACAAUCCCUCCCAUAUAUUCAAUAAACAUUUUUCAAUCUUCUUUAAACGUAUGUUCUUCUUGUUCUCUUAUUCUAUAAGUUAGGUCCACAAGCUUCACAUAUGCCAUCAGUUUAAGUUGCCAUUCUUCUUUAGCUGGGACCUCGCUCGUUUUCCAUUUUUGGGCUAACGCAUAGCUGUCAAGCAUCCCUUAUUUGGCGGGACAGUCCCUUAUCCCAGCGCCAUGUCCCGCUGCUGUCCCUUAUUGAUGAUGUCCCUUAAAUAAGCUACUGAAGGUAAAUAAGCUACUGAAGGCCCUUUCUAUGUCCAGCUGUCCUUUGUCAACAACAAAUUGUUGCUAGUUUUUUGUGUUGAAUAUAUGCUAUAUGGUAAUUUAUGGACCCAAUAGGUAUCUAAAGCCAUUUGAACGCAACAAAAUAUGCAUUUUAUCAAAGUAAUUGUUGAUCCCUUAUUUUGGCUGCUGAUCCCUUAUUUUUGAGGUUGCUGGUCCCUUAUUUUCAAAUCUGUAAGUUGACAGCUAUGGGCUAACGAAACACGGGCCGCAGUAGUGACAUACAUAAAUAACCUUUUUUGACAUGUUUACUAGCACGCUAGAAAUAGUUACAGCAUAUUUCACACAUUCUUGUUUUGUAAAAACUUGCUUCAUGUUUUGUGACGCUUCAGCAGCAUUUUAUGAAGGAAGGGGAGAAAGCAAGGCUAGGUGUUAUCAGUGUGUUGAUGGUGUUGCAAUUGGAAACUCUGGGAUGAAGGCACAAUUGCUGAGUAAUAACUAAGUGCAGCUCAGCAACUAUGGCCAGCAAAUGGGCAACCAACUGUUUCUUCUCAUGUACUUAGAACAUGGCGAUUUCAAUCCCUUUGAUGGUCCUGGCGGGACUGUUGCCCACGCCUAUGCUCCCAGCCGAGGUAUUGGAGGAGAUGCUCAUUUUGACGAGGAUGAAAAGUGGACCAACGGCUUGGAAGGUAAUUUUAAAGAAUGGAAAACAAACAAAACCACACAGAUUUGCCAUGUCGUAUUGGAGAUCUAGUGUGAUAUCCCUAUCUCCAGUUGCAAACACAAAAGUAUGCAUAUACUUCUAGAGGGGGAAUUACGUGGUGUCAGCUGACUCAGACAUGUUCAUUUGCUCCUAAGUAAGUUCAUAAAGGAGAGAGAGUCCGCUGGCUUAUUUUCAAAUCUCUGUGCACCAAACAAGGUCCAGAAGGCAGGCAAUCAGUCAGCCUCUAUGCUGUAUACAGUGUGCUUAUAGAUAACUCUGUGGUUUGCAUGGGGACGGGGGAUUUUUAUCACAUCUUGCUUUUGCCAUCUGCUUGCAGAAAUGCAAAUUUACUAUAGUGAACGAUAUUCAAAUCUGUAUUUCCCCGAGAGCUCUCAGUUGUUAUAAGAUACCUUCUGAGCAACACUGGGAGACAGAGUUUGCUUAGACAGAUAACUGUUAGAGGGUUGUUGUUGUUUUUUUAAAAAGCAACCGUGUUUAUUAUUUUAACAUUUUAAUCUACAGAGGAGUGUUGAUUGCUGCAGUAGGUGCUGUUGCUACCAGAUCCUGCUUGCAUGCUUCCCAUAGGAACCCGAUUGGCUACUGUGAGAUCAGGUUGCUGGAUUAUGAUGGGCCUUUGGCCUGAUGCAGCAGGACUUUCCUUAUCUUAAACCUUGGAGAUGCAAAUCUGUGACGUGAUGCGUUUCUCUUCUGCCUUUCAGGUUCCAACCUGUUUUUUGUUGCUGCUCAUGAAUUUGGCCACUCGCUUGGGCUCUACCAUUCCCAGGACCCCCAAGCCGUGAUGUUCCCAGUGUAUAGCUACACCCAGCUCACUCAAGAAGUUCUCUCUCAGGACGAUAUCAAAGGCAUUCAGUUCCUCUAUGGUAAUUUAUGUUCAGUUUUAUUAAAUAAUUAAGGAAUUUGUAAUACUUUUUUUGAAAGGCCACAGGAUGAUUGACAACGUAAUAACCUUAAAACACACACACAAACUUCAAGCCAUUAUUUGAGUACAACUAGUAAAAGCAUCAUCAUCAAACUAUUCAUAAAUUAUGAAUCACAGUUCCCUUCACUCAGCCUGCUGGAAAAGGUGCAUCUUUACAUGUUUCCUAAUAGAAAACAAUUAUAUGACUAGGUGUACCUCACUGGGGUGCAAGCAUCACACACACACACACUCAGGGCUGUGCCCUGCUCACUUCAUGCAUGAACCCCAUAUAUCCCUUUCCCCACCCUUUAUACCUCACCAACUCCACCACCAUAACCCUGUGGUUUGUAUGGAAGACCCACCUGCUUGUGUCUCCAUCCUCUGGUCCCCUCCUUCUCACGUUGCCUGAGCCUGCUGGUCCAUCUUCUAGAAGUCUCCUCCCCUUCUCUCUUUGGCUGGGCUGCCUGCCCACCCACUGGCCCAGCAGCUCAACAUGCUGUAGUUCUCGGUGCCACCUGUCUGUGGCUAAGUGAACUGCAAUGUGACAGCAUCCUUACAAUUUCAUAUACGAGAGAGAGAGAAUCUAAAAUAGUGUAACAUUUGGGAAAUGAAAGUUGACUGAUGUUUAUGUUAGUCUAUGUAAAAGCCAUUCCUUAAUUACAAAGAAAUACAUUCUUCUUGGUCCUGCUUGUCAAAAACUUUGUUUACACAUGCUCUGUGUAAAUUAAUGUCAACAUAUAAUUAAGGAAGUGUUCUUUGUGCAAAUGUUUGAGUAUUCUUAUAUUUAGACAAGAAGGCUGUGCUCUACUAAUUUCAGACUAUUCAAUAUCUUUAAGGAUCAACAACUAACCCACCUGAGGAGGACCCAGUGGAAGACGACAUACCAAAAGUACCUGCCAGGCCAACCCAACCUGCAAUACCAACUGCCUGUGAUCCUCAUUUGACGUUUGAUGCUGUCACUAACUUUCGGGGAGAAAUGUUGUUUUUUAAAGACAAGUAAGACAGUAAUCUUUAAGCCCCCCCCACCACCACCCAAACAAAGUAAGCUGUGCCCAAGUCCCAUAGAAAUGAAUGGGGCUUAGGGCAGCCAUAAUGAACCUGGCCCAUUAAUUACAAAUAAGAUCUAAACAUAGAUUUGUUGAGUUGGAAGGGUGAUCUUGUCCAACCCCCUGCAAUGCAGGAACAUUACCUAGCCAUGUCUCUCAGAAGUAAGUAACUAAGUCAAUGUGGCUCACUCCCAGAUUAGUGUUGUUAGGAGUGCAGCCUAACAGUACAAUCUUAUACAUGUCUACUCAGAAGUAAUUUCAAUGGGACUUACUCCCUGGUAACUGGGUUCUUCUAUCACACACACAAACCCCUUUCCUUUUCCUUUCUUCUCUUUAAGCCCCUCUCCUCACUUACCAGGAAAAAGCUGCCAUCAUCAUCAUGCUGUCUAGAUGGUACAAGUACAAAAAUAGCGUGUCCCCAGACACAUUAUUUAAAAUAAAUGUAUAUGUUUCUUACAGGUAUUUCUGGCGAAAGCACCCCCGUUAUGCACAGCUUGACUUUAGUUUAAUUUCCACAUUCUGGCCAUUUUUAACAUCCGGAGUUGAUGCCGUUUUUGAAAAUAGUGAUAAAGAUGUGGCGUUUCUUUUUAAAGGUAAGGAUGCAGAAAAUAAUGACGAUGCUGUUACACUUUUACUAUUUAGAGCUUUCAGCCCAGACCACUGUAAGCAGAUGAAAACAUUAGCAGGAUUUUAAUUGCACUUGUAAUGUUAAAAAAAAUUACAAUGGAUAAUAUGGAUAGCUAUAAAACAUAGACUAUGAUAUAAUGCACAGUUGAAAACAUUGACAUUAGGACCCACUGAGGGGACUCAUGAGAUUCAGAGAAAUCUCUAUAUAUGUAAAUGUAUUUGGUUUUGUUAUAAAGCUAUAUUUGAAAUAUCAGGGCCAGAUUUAGGUUUGAUGAGGCCCUAAGCUACUGAAGGUAAUGGGGCCCUUUAUAUGUCCAGCUGUCCUUCGUCAACAACAAAUUGUCACUGUUUUUUGUGUUGAAUAUAUGCUAUAUGGUAAUUUAUGGACCUAAUAGGCACCCUAUAUAUAGAAACGAGCAAACCAGUGAUAUUUUAGGGAGCAGGCUAGCAGGUGGGGCCCAUUACUUACAUCAUAGGAGCCUACACAACACAAAACACCGUUGUUGUAUGCAGGUUUUAUUUUAUUUGUUUUUAUCUUAUAUUUUGGAAAUGUACGUCCAGGUUUUUUUCUUUAAUUUUUUUUUGGGGGGGGGGCCAAGAGAGUGGGGCCCUAAGCUAUAGCUUGUUCAGUUUAUACGUAAAUCCGGCACUGUAUAGACCAAAUCUGACUCAGAAUCUCCCUCUGGUCCUAAUUACUUUUUCUACACAACUACUAAAGGUAUGGGAGCCUCGUCUCCAUUGGCAUCCGACCCCGCUAUUUCUUCCACAUAUGUAAGUGGUAUGAGCAAUACCAGAGGGGUGCAUGGGUAGGUGCUAAUGCAGUCUCCCCACAAUCUGCCCACCCCAUUGCAGUUAUUGAAAGGGAAGGCACAUCUCCCUCAUGCACUGUCCCCCACCCUAAAAAUCACUUUGCACCUCCUGUGCUGUCCCCAGCGUUGUUUUUCUUCUAUUGCCGUCACUGAGAAGCGUUGGCUAAAAUAUGUUCCCCCACCUGCUUCAUCUCAGGCAACCAAUUUUGGGCCGUGAAAGGAGACUCCAGGCUUCCUGGCUACCCCAAGCGCAUCCAUACCUUGGGCUUCCCAAAAGACGUCAAGAAAAUUGAUGCAGCGUUUUACAAUAGCAAUGAAAGAAUGACAUACUAUUUUUCAUCUGACAGAUACUGGAGGUAAGAAAUCGUGUCAGAUGCGAUUGGUAAAUACUUGUCACUGGCUUGAAAAGAGCUCCAGAAGAACCACAGAAUCAAGCAUGUUAGAUGACAGAUGAUAGAUAGAUAGAUAGACAGAUGAUAGCUAGAUAGAUAGAUAGAUAGAUAGAUAGAUAGAUAGAUAGAUAGAUAGAUGAUAGAUAGAUAGAUGAUAGAUAGAUAGAUAGAUGAUAGAUAGAUAGAUAGAUAGAUAGAUAGAUAGAUAGAUAGAUAGAUAGAUAGAUAGAUAGAUAGAUGAUAGAUAGAUAGACAAAUAGAUAUAGAUGAUAGAUAGAUAAAUGAUAGAUAGAUGAUAGAUAUAGAUAGAUAGAUGAUAGAUAGAUAGAUGAUAGAUAGAUAUAGAUAGAUAGAUAGAUAGAUAGAUAGAUAGAUAGAUAGAUAGAUAGAUAGAUAGAUGAUAGAUAGAUAGAUAGAUAGAUAGAUAGAUAUAGAUAGAUAGAUGAUAGAUAGAUAGAGAUAGGAUAGAUAGACAGAUAGAUAGAUAUAGAUGAUAGAUAGAUAUAGAUGAUAGAUUCAAAUAUAUAGCUCUGUUUUAUUGUUCAAGUCCCAUUCAUUUUGGGAAGAUUGACAGAAUUGAAUGUUCCCCAUGGAGUGUCCCCAGGAUUAAGUUCCACACAUUUAUUUGAGCUGGUUUAGACCCUUGGGGUGCCUUCAUGAGCUAUGGCCUGCGGAGGAAGUAGCAUUGAAUGAGACCCACCCACAAAUACAGAGAGUGCUUUCUAGCAGUGAUUUGCAUGAGUGCGGCAGCCAGAAAUCACAUGACUUCUUCCCACGUGGCUGUAGGAAGGAGCAGUUCAAAGAUGGGUGGUUUUUUGGAUUCAGGGAUUCACAAAUCCCCUCCCCCCCAACAAAAAGCAUUGUUAUCUCAAAUAGUGCUUUGUUCGUGUACAAAUGCCUUCCUUAUUAUUAUUAUUAUUUUUUACUCAGAUACAAUGAAGCUAGCCAAACCAUAGACAAGAAACCCACAAAAAUAAGAGACGGCAUCCCAGGUGUUAAUGGGAAGGUUGAUGCUGCCUUUCAGCAUAAUGGUAAGUAGCCUCUGUCAUGAGGACAUAUGAAGUGAUUCCAGCCUGGUGUUAACCUUGUGAUGUGUACAAACAGGAAAUUCCCACGGUCUGGGUCAAAGUACCCAUAUUUUAUUAUUCAUUUUUUAAAAGGGGGCAACUCCAUCCAGGCGUGUAGGAAGCUGAUUCAAUGGUAUAUCCAUUGCAUUUGGGCAACCCAGUCAGAUGGGUGGGGUACAAAUAGAUUAAUUAACUGGGUGGCUUCCAAUAGGACAUUAAAAACACAGUAAAAGAUCAAACAUUAACAACUUCCCUAAACAGGUCUGCCUUCAGAUGUCUUCUAAAAGUCAGAUAGUUGUUUAUUUCUUUGACAUCUGGUGGGAGGGCGUUCCACAGGGCGGGCGCCACUAUCGAGAAGGCCCUCUGCCUGGUUCCCUGUGACUUCGCUUUUCGCAGUGAGGGAACCGCUAGAAGGCCCUUGGUGCUGGACCUCAGUGUCUGGGCUGAACAAUGGGGGUGGAGACGCUCCUUCAGGUAUACUGGGCCGAGGCUGUUUAGGGCUUUAAAGGUCAGCACCAACACUUUGAAUUGUGCUGGAAACAUACUGGGAGCCAAUGUAUUAUUAUUAUUAUUAUUAUUAUUAUUAAGCUAAAUGUUCUUCACUCUCCCUGCUCUGUCUAUAUCCAAAUCCAGAAGUUCCAAACCACUUAUGGUUGUCUCUGUACCCCUUUAUCUGAUUUUGAUGGGUACCGCAUUCCCAAGAGAUAUUGUGACAUUAAACACAAUUGAAAUUGAAACAUCCCUGACCCUGAUGGCCAGUCAAGUUUCCCAUAACUCAAAAGUGGAGUAUCUGUCUUGCAUGCAAAAGAUCCCAGGUCCAGAGGUUCAUUCCCCAGCAUAGGAUUGGGGAAAACUCCUACUGAGCUGGAUGGACCAAAGUUCUGACUCAGUAUAAGGCAACUUCCUCUGUUCCCAACAAACCAUAGAAUAGGCCCAUAGUUGCUAAUCAAGGUCUAAAGGGCACCAUAAUAAUGAGUAACUCCCAAGGCUGGAUCUUCAAAAUACAUGUAUGAAAUUUUAAUACUUAUCUAGAUCAUGAUGUGACGUUUGCUGUGCAUAUAGUUGCAGCUUUAAUUAUGCCCCUUUCCACGAGAUUAGCAGUGAAAUAUAAAUGUUGCGCCUAUAAGAUAGUGCUUAUCGAUGACCAUUGCGUGUCAAGGUCCCCAAGCCACCCCCCAAUAACUCACACAUCACACAUCAAUUUUGGUUUGGGUUUUUGGCACUAUUUUGGCCACAACUUUAUUUAAAUACAUCCAAGUGAGUGGUUGCUUAGGCAUUGGUUCCGACUAUCUGUCCUUGCCCAGGGGACAGGACUGACUUCCGGAUUCCAGCGGAAGCCAGUCAGGGAAACAAAUUUUGGGGAGAAAAUGAAGCUGGGCCUCAGUCCCUCACUUCUCACCCUCAUGCUCCUGGUGGCUUGCACAGCCCAAGUCCGAUGCCAGGGACAAGGACGAAAAGAAUGGCAAGCCCCUGGAUUCCUUUAACGGAAUUCCCUUUCCGCACCACCAUUGGAGGGGUAGGCACUUACCCCUCCACCAACCUUACAAGUUGUGAUGAUUUGCUAUGCAGUAGGCAAAACCAAAUGGCACCAGCCAAUCAGCCAGAUGGACAAAUAGCAAGGUCAAGCGAACAACCCCCCCCCCCCAAUACAGGGAGGGUGGGCGAGUGAUCCGGUGCAAGCAGCCAAGAGAACGCUCAAAGUUGGGCGACCAGUAUUUAAAACCUCUGACCCCUCCUUCAAAAUUGGCAACAAGCAGUUCUUCUCAGUGACCCGAUUAACCAAUUCACUGCCUGGGUCCCUCUACAAAUCCGCCCAGCAACAAUGGGGUGGCUUGUAUCCCCCACCGCAACACGCACUCUCUGCUAGGGAGAACACGUUUUGUCUUCCAGGAGGCUGCUCAGAGAUGUCACCCAGUGCUAUGCAAACGUAGCAGUUAGUUUGACAGCAAAUACGGUCAAUAGCAGGAAAUUAUCCCUUUCGUGUUCACCAUCUCUCCACCCCCAUGAAGCCAAUGUCCCAGCCAUUGCCUUUUGCACUAGCCAAAGUUUCCCAAUACCUCAGCAUGUUUUUCUUUUCAUAUUUCCUUGCUGCAUGUAACUUAUAGUAACUUGACUCUGUUUCAUUUUAUAGGAUUCUUUUACCUCUUCAGCGGAACAAAUCAACAUGAGUUUGACCCUAAUAGCAAGAGAGUUACUCGGAUCACAAGGGCAAACAGCUGGUUUCCAUGCAGAGGUUAAACCACUGACAGUACAGAAAACAACUGUUCAGAAAUAACCAUAUUAGCACUGGUCCACUGAAACUGGUUGUAUGUUUAUAACGCAUACAAAAGGCAGCUACUUUUUAUGACUACAUGUGCAGGAGAUCCAAACAGAUGCAACCAGAGCUGUCCUUGAAAUUUCAAACUUGGAAGCUGGCAUACCAGUUAACUUGACCUCCGUUAUCUAUAUUCUGGUUACUUCCAAGUGGUUUAGACUACUGUAAAGUGCUUUGUGUGUGGCUGCCUUUGAAGACUGUUUAGAAACUGCAGUUAGUACAGGACCCAGAUGCCAUAUUACUAACUCGCGAAUGUGUGUUAAGGUGAUAUUAUAUCUGUAUUGGGCCAAUUGCACUGGCUUCCAGACUCCCAGUGCUGAAAUGUAUAUCAGUACUGUCUUUUCUGUAUUUUUGUGAUGACCAGUGUUUUUUAGCAGCUAAACUUGACUGACUGACUUUCACCAAUGUUAAGUGCUUUUUUACGACUGCAGCAUAAAUGUUCAGUCUGUGAACUUUGUGCCUGACACUUGCAUAACAUUCUCAUCUUUUUUAUUCCAUAUGUUGACCGCUGGCGUUCACAUAUACACAUAUAUAACCUUCACCACCUUGGCAUAAAUGACAGCUGGCUGCGGCUGAUGGGAGUUGUGGUCCAAAAAAUCUGGGUUGAUGAAGGCUGAUCUAUACUAAUAGCAAUUUCAAUUCUCUACAUAGCCAGAACAGUACCAUCCAUACAGCAGAAUGGUGAGGAUUUAAACAAGUUAGAGUUAACCAACUUGGAGAUCCUUGGAUGGGAAGCAGUCUGUACAUUAGUUGAGCUACUAAAUAAAAGCAAUAAACCCAAAGUUCUGCAAAAGGACAAAAAAGUUUUAGGGAGGAAAGUUGAAGGGGAGAGAAACCCCUUAAACGAAGACUGAGCAAGUUCAGUAGCCACAAAAUGGGGGAAAUGGAAAUCUGGGUUGAGAUGGAAAACAGUAGCCUGGAACCAAGAGCAAUCCAUACUGCAACAUUUUGUUGCAGGCCCCAUUUUUUUGUUUAUCGGUGGACAUGUGGAUUUAGCCCAGCUGUUUGUAUGUACUUCUUUCUCACAUGAUGUUUGAUAAUUCAUGAAUAAAGUAUUUUUUGUUUCCACAUA